GGGAACUUCUGUUUGCAAAAGUAACUGCUCAGGAUGUGACUGUAGUUUCCCAGUACAGUCAUGUGACCUGCUUUAGCUUUUUCUUUUUUUUUUUUUCACGGCACUGCAGAAGAGUUAAAUUCAGAAAAUUUGGGUUAAACCACCCUGUUGUCAAAACUUCACAAUGACCUUACUAACAGGCUGGAUACCCGUCCUAAUGGCAUUUCUUCUUCUCUUACACUUCUGGAGAGCAAAGGUCUAUGCUUCUGGAAACCCAGAGGAGGAAAUAGAUUUCACGUAUGUUAUUAUAGGAGUUGCUCUGGGAGUGUUUCUAGCAAUUGGUUUUGUAGCAGUAAUAAUCUGCAUGAUCAAAAGACAAAUGAUUGACAAUUACUUUGGAGAGUCAGAUGGCAAAAUGGAUAGAAGGUCAAAUAUGGGAUCAAGCCAAAACAGAGAUGACAUCAAUGUGCUAGGAAACCAAAGUACAAAUGAUCAAUAAUCCCUUUGCAAUCAACAGUUACCUGGUCUGAGGAUCAAUAGAAGUCUCUUGUGCACAGGCAGGAAUCUCACCAGUACCAAUUCCUUUCUUUGUUCUUUAAUUGAAAGACUGAUUGAUUGGUUACAGGAAGAGUUUAUAGUGCAUGCAAACGUCAAUCCCCUGCACACAAAAAGCCUGCCAUCCCCAACAGCACGUAUAUGAAGGAAAUGUAUGAGGAAAAUAAAACAGAUGAGCUCUGCUCAUUAAUAGAUCCUGCUUAGACUGUGAUAAGUAUAUGAUUCUUCCCUAAAAUCAGUUAAAUACAGGGUAAUCGAAAAGGCAGCAAUACAUUUCAAAAGCAGAAUUCAUGGUCGUGCCCAUAUUUCACGUUAGGUAUAUAAAGACUGAAGUAGCUUUAAAAAUCAUUAAUUUGAGUUUGAAAUAAAGCAAGGCUUCUCGAGGUUUUCAGGAAAUACAUGUUUUGUGUUAAUGUGAAAACAUUCCAUUCACACCGAAGUGAUAUAUUUUUUUUAGCUUUAGGAUGGACGUCUGUUGUUUAACUGUCAGUGGCAAUGCUCAUUUCAGCCAUUUUAAAUGAAUCGUGGUAAUUUAAAAUGAAAAAUUCCUUUUUGAAUUUUCUUUUCAUGUUUUGUAUUUAGAACAUUGACAUGAAAACAGUUUUUCAUACUUAAAAAAAAGUUUCUGGACAUCUGAAUCAAAACAUUUCAUACCAACGUUUUAUAAAUAAGCUAACCUGACAUUUCCAAAAUUCACCCAUCCUUAUUUUUGUUAGUAUAAUAAAAUGCACUAAGUUCAGUCAGAAUCGGUGCAUAAUUUCAGUCUCCCAGCCCCUCCAUUCCUGUUCCAGCCUUAUAUAUUUUGUUGAAUUUGAUUUCACCAAAAUUGCUCUGCCUGGCUCCAAUUACAAGCUUCUUACAGUGGGAGUGACAACAAGAAAAAAAUAGAGCUGCGUCUCAGAACAUUUAGAAUAGUUUCAAUAAUUUAAAAUGGUUUAAAGCAAAGUUAUUUUGUAAGCACAUCCCAGCUUUUACCAAAGCCGUGAGCCUGUAGCUUUGGUUUCAGUGGAGAAAAUAAUGCUAUGGAUUCUGUUCGGUUUAUUUAAACCCAGUUCUUUCAAGAAUGCUUUAUUAUACCAGAUAUUGUCAUGACAAGGUGCAAGCGAAGCAGGAAGAUUUUCGUAUUUCAGGCCAGGCUUUUCCUUUCAGCUUGUAAAGACAGGGCAGCAGACAUCAGCUGUGGGAGCUCUGGCAGCGCUCGAGCAGCAGCAAAGCCACGCUGGGCGUCCCCCGCUGUUCCUGCAGCUCCUCUCAGGAGACCCCCAGGACCCCAAGGCCCGAGAGCCUCAGGUAGACGGCAGGCACAGCAUUAAGCAAGGUCACAAUAUUUCACGGGCGUAGCUGUUGUGUCGUAGCAUCACAGGAUGACUCCAAGCAGGAUGUUACACUAUUUUACUGCAACUUACAAAUAACCACUAGCCAGAUCCAAAGACCACAAACUGUAAAUGGAUUAGAUGUGCCUAAACUUUUAGCUCAGGCCAGUGUCUAUAGACAUAUGGAGGUUUUUAAUCUCUCAUCUAACACACAUUCCUAAAGUUAACUUUUAAGCCAGUGUCUGCUCUCAGUGAUGCCACAUGGCAGAUCAUAAUAAAGCUCUUUCCAGUUCUUCACUACUGUGAUACAACAGAAGUUAUCCAACUCAAAAAAAAAAAAAAAAGAAAAGGUGAAUGUUAGACUGAAGUCCAACCUGGAAAUUCUGUAUAUUAUUAUGAAAUAUCACUUGAUAAAAAUCAUAGAAACCAGGGCCUCCCAUCCAAUAAUCAACUUUCAGAUUGUGAAGAGCUGUAACUAAACCCACACUUUAAAGGCAGAGCUGAUAUGCUGAGUCAAAACACUGCCCGACUAUAGGAGCAGAUACAUCAGAACUUUGUUUCUAUGAAGAAUAAGCUACUUGUAACCGUAACUGAAUGGAUUUUAAUAUCUUUUUGUUCUGACCUUAGCAAAGCAGGCAAUUUUCCAAAUGUACAAGGAAACUGGAUGGUAAUUUUCCCACACAUUUUGGACAACAAAAUGCAAGAUUUAUUUUCAGAGAUAAUUGUUAUGUUGGAAUGUUUUCCCUGGAUUUCUAGGUGUCUGUUACCCAGUUCACUAACACUGCAGUUCAUCAGCAGUAUUUGCUAACAAAUAAACUACAGCAGUAAUGUGAUACUUGCAAGUAACUCUGUGUGUACAUGUGUAAGUGAAUAAAGCAUCUUGUAAGGUA